GUUGUGUGCAACUUUCCUUGACAGCAACACAAAGAUGAAAGAGAAAAGCAUACAAGGUGGGAGUAUCUUGGUGGGAGGGAGUCUAGCUGUAGGAAACUAGGUGGCGUUCAGGGCUGAGGAGGCUGAACUUUCCGAGCGCAGAUAAAGAGACGCGAGCGCAUCUCUGUCUCAGACACCUGAUGAGCAUCCUCCAAACUCUUUAAACCAGGGGACAGAACUUUACAACAAGUAACUCCUUUUAGAUAUUAAACAAGCACCAUAAAAAAGAAGUCUUCUAAAUCUUGGAGAACACCAAUAGGGAACAUAAUUAGACGUUAUUAUUAGGCUACUGGACUUUAAGAGAUGGCAUGGUCUUUUCGACGCAGGUGUUUGCUUUUGCUGUGUUUGACAGCUAUCCAGAGUGGUCAUGGUGCCGUUCAGACGUGCAUGGAUAAGCACCAGGUGGUUGGGGUGCUUCGUCAAAUGGAGAAGUUUCUGAAAGGCCAGGAGAUGCGUUUUACAGAGGGCCUCCGGAUCAUGAAGUCAAAGCUGGCAACACUUCAGAACUCUGUCUCCAAGUUACCUCAAGCUGACCAGUCAGCUGCUCCCACCACCUGCCCCUCUCUGGAAGCCCCUGCUCAUGGAACCAAGUUUGGCUCAAAGUAUUUUGUUGGACAUGAGGUCCAUUUCACUUGUUCCCAUGGCUACCAUCUUGUCGGUUCUGCCACACGUAUCUGCCAGGACAAUGGCACCUGGACUGGCAUCAGUGCCAUCUGUAAAGAUAUAAGUGAGUGUGCAAGUAAUCCCUGCCAAAAUGGCGGUACCUGUGUGGAAGGCGUUAAGCAGUACAAAUGCACCUGCCCCCAGAACUGGAGCGGCUCUCACUGUCAACACCAAACCCAGACAGCACCACCUGAGUGGAGUGUUAUGAACGAUCCAGCAUUCAGCCGGAGACCUCGCUGUUCCCAAGUGAAUCGAGCCCAACACUGCAGCUGUGAUGCAGGCUUCCACAUGAGUGGCACCUCUGACAACAGUAUCUGUCAGGAUGUAAAUGAGUGUGAGGUAUACCGGCUGGACCAAGGAGGGAAGUUGUGCGUCCACGAAUGUGUGAAUGUCCCGGGUUCGUACCACUGCUCUUGCCCCAGCGGCUACAAGUUGCUCCCAGACGGGCGGAGCUGUGAGGAUGUGGAUGAAUGUUUAAGCCAGCAGCACAACUGUAGCGGAGGGACAACUUGUAUCAACAUGGGGGGAGGCUUUCAGUGUGUCAACCCAGAGUGUCCCCGUUCUCAUGGCAACAUCAGUUACGUCAAGACAUCUCCCUUUCAGUGUGAGAGAAACCCCUGCCCCAUGGACAGCCGCUCCUGCCACCUGGCUCCUAAGACAGUGUCUUUCCACUACCUGUCUCUGACCUCCAACCUGCAGACUCCUGCGACACUUUUCCGUAUGGCGACCGCUACCGCCCCAGGGCGCACUGGGCCGGACGGCCUGCGCUUCGGCAUAGUGGGCGGAAACUCCCGGGGCUUCUUUGUCAUGCAGCGUUCAGACAGGCAGACUGGUGAGCUGAUUCUGGUCCAGAAGCUGCGCGGGCCACAGGAGAUCACCGUUGAUGUGGACAUGUCUGAGUACAGCGACCGCACCUUUCAGGCCAAACAUGUGGCCAGAGUUACCAUUCUGGUUUCACCCUACAACUACUGACAGCGAGCUGGCGAAGGAGAAACACUAGAGACAGAAGAAGAAGAACAUGGAAAAGUGUGUAAUUGGCAGUGAGUGAGGCCAGUAUUUGUUUAAUGGCCAAAUGACCAAAAGAGUGAGAGCAAAAAAAGCCAAUAUUUAACAUAUUCAUAUUAGUCAUAUUAUAAAUAACAAUAUAUGGCAAAACACAUCAUAGAUGCUUCUUUUAUGUAGUGUCAGUAUGAGCUUUGACUGAUGUUUGACUGAGUGUGUUUGAAUGCAUGAAAACUAGCCAAACAAAAGCAUGAGUGCAUUGGGUGGGAUGGAGAACUGUUUUUGACAUUGCUGUUUGUUUCUGUUUGUAUUUUUAUGUCUAUAGUAGAUCAUGUCUGUGUAGCUCAGGGUCCGGCCCCGGGGCUGAUGCACUGCCCUCGCUUUAUUGAUGAUAAAACCCCAAAUUCUUUAGUGCUCCUGUGGCUCUAAAUUAUUUGAAACAUUAUUCCUGGUUUUUACAUUGUAACAUAUUGUAAGCCACAUAUUUAUCUUCCAUCAUAUACUGUACAUUUGCUUUUUGUUUUUCAACUAGCUUAAAGGAGCUGUAUUCAAUAUUCAGCACAGUAAUAUAGCAGCAAACAAAUAUUUGCUGUAUAAAGAUAAAGUGGAGUAAUGGCGUCCAGAGCAGAGAAAGAAGGCAUAGUCACUCCAUUGGUGUGUGUGUGUGUGUGUGUGUGUGUGUGUGUGCGUGCGUGCGUGCGUGUGUGCGUGCGUGCGUGUCAAGGCAAUCCCAGCUCGCUGUUUUUUGUCAGUCAUUCGAGUUUCCCAAUACGUUAAAUACCUAUGUUUUUUUUCGCGGACACAUCACUAAAAUGCAUGCACGGCCGGACCGGCUAUCAGAACAAGUACAGAGAAGCUCAGAUCACAACACGCACAAAGGGGAGUUUGCUCAGGACACCAUUAAUCCACUAUAUAUUUGCAUAGCAAAUAUUUGUUUGCUGCUAUAUUUAUUUCCUUAACGUUGAGUACAGAACCUUUAAGGCAUCAUCCAUUAUACUAAGGGAGCUGUUGUUUUUUAACAGUAGAUGCAGUACUGUACGUGGGCAUAUUUUCUCUAUUACUCAUAUUCUGUAUGUUACCUAGAAAACAUAUUUUAAAUCAUAGAUGAUUUGGCAAGCUUGCAAUUGCAUUACACAGUUUAAGCAAAUUUUAAUUGUCUCUGCAUAACUGAAAUAAAGUCAGUCUAACAUUUCAGUAUUUGUUAGAACUACCUCACUUGA